UUUAACUUAUAUGUAAACGAUAUGUAACUUCAAAUAUGUCAAGAAAGUGGGAAUAUAAAUUCCAUGAAUUUCCUUGGGUUUUUUUCAGAGAAGAAACAAAUCCUAAGAUGCAAGCAAUUCCAGUUGGAGGUGACCAAUUGACGUGUGAGCGAAUUAGAGGUGCACAUAUGGCUCGUCUUGAUGGAGAUACACAAGAGGAAAGAUUGGAGGGUUUGAUAACUAUGGUGGAAGAUUUUCAUGAGAAAAUAAAUUUCCUGCAGGCAAUGAUGGACCGGUUCUACAAACCAGGAAGUGCACGAGAAACAGGCACAUUGUAUCAACUAAGGAAUGUCAUAAAUAGAAGAAAUGUCACAAAAAAUGUGAGUGCAGAUUAUCAUGCAGUUGGAUCUUUUAUUGACCUAGUGACAAGUGCUCAUGUUAUUGCAGCAGCUCUGAAAGCAUUUGGAAUGGAUAGCAUUGAGGAUCCCUGUCCAAAAGUCCCACUGUUCACAGAAUCUGCUGAUGAAGGAUCCAAGAGGUUGUUAGAUAAGAUUGUUGGGGAAAUAGUGGACACAUUCUUCUUGAACAGCUUGACAGUAACAGUCAAUAGGAUUGAGGAUGAUGAAACUGCCAUUGAAGGGCCAAUAGUUGAUGAUGGAGUGUACAAUUAUGCCACCAAUGUCACAAAAUAUGGGCUUCUCAGGAAAAUCUCUGUUCUAGCUACUAGAAAUGGGGAUGGUAUUCGACAGAUAAGACACUGGAAGUAUGGUCUAUUAGUAUAUGACCUUUCACACAAGAUUAAGUACAGACUUGAAUCUUUCUUGCUUUUAGCAGGUGUGAAUGCACUUUUCACAGAGAAGCAAAGACAUCAGAUAAUUUGGAAUCGGUUUGUCAAUUUGUCUGGAGGAAAAGACAAGAAUCUGGAUGGGGAUUAUGUCAUGGAACUGCUUAACAAGUAUGCAAAGGGUCGUGUUAAAUUACUUGGACCAAAUCAAACUCCAGAGAUUGUUGACCGCAUAGGUAAAACAAUGAUGUUCUGCCACAAUGUCAAUGAGAAAUUGGAAAGAGAAAUUGGUGUUCAUCCAGCAGGAAUACACCAUGCACAAAGAGACAAAACACAAGAUAUAAAGGCUGUUGUGAACCAACUGAAGAAUGCAAAUGUGUUUUCAGUCAUAAGAGGUAGGCAACAUGACUCUUUCCAAGAACAGUUUGAUAUGUUCCAAAAUGUCAACUCGCAUGCCUUACACAAAUGGUUAAAUGUCAAGAAGCAGGAGUAUUCAAAUGGAAAGUAUGCAUUUUAGAUUAUCAUGUGUUGUACACUGAUACCAGCUACCAGGAGAAAGGACAUUUUAGUAAGUUUCCAGAAGUUAAAUUUCUAAAGUUACCAGCAAGUUACCAAAAAGUGUGUGAAAUCUAUGUAGAAUGACAGUCGGUU